AUGGAGGUUACAGAGAAGAAGAUGCCCAAACAGGCCCAGCUGCUCUAUCUGGGCCACAAGGACACCAGUCACCUCUUGGAAGUGUAUGUGAAGCGCAGCAUCAGUUUAAAUGACGGGACAUGUGAGGACCAGAGGUCACCAACAAAGCCUCGAAAGUGGGUGACACUGUCAGAGAAACACAGAAGAGUCCACCGGCAUUCUAUUGACUCCUUGGUCACCUUCGGGCCCAGCAAACUUGACGAGGGCAAUGCCACCAGCACACCACCUGACGAGGGCAAUGCCACCAGCACACCACCUGACGAGGGCUUUGCUAUACCAAAUGCGGCUCCUGUAGAAAUCCCAGGGCCUGCUGAUAUUCUUGAGAUUGAGGCGUCUACUGAACUGGAGAAUAAGUUUAAAGAGGGCAAGAAGAAGAGCAAAAAGACGUCUCUCUGGAAAGGUUUUCUGGGUUUCUUCUCGAGGAAGGGGAGUGACAAGAAAGAUGAGCAUGAGUCUGGCACAGAGACUGGUCGACAGACACAAGGAAACGUGCCGAAAAAUAAAUCCAUCAAAAAGCAAUGGAGCUCCAUGAGGAGACGACCUCUGAGAAAAAUCAAGAGUGACAGCCUCAGAGGGUCUGUGAGGAGAUCAUCAGCUCGGAACAGGACCAACACCACAGAAAUAACUGGAGUUGAAUGUAGGUUUGAGGGGGCAUGGCACCCAAACAGUUAUCACACACAGUACUGUUUUUUUGUUUUGUUAUGGUCCUUUUGUUCAAACGUAGGAUUUUGUGGAUAAUCUUAGUUUAACAAUGUUUUGGGAAAUUGGGCCCUAGUUGACUCGGGCGCUAGUUGGUAGUCCAAUUAUUAGAGAGUUAGUUGGUAGUCCAGUUAUUAGAGAGUUAGUUGGUAGUCCAGUUAUUAGAGAGUUAGUUGGUAGUCCAGUUAUUAGAGAGUUAGUUGGUAGUCCAGUUAUUAGAGAGUUAGUUGGUAGUCCAGUUAUUAGAGAGUUAGUUGGUAGUCCAGUUAUUAGAGAGUUAGUUGGUAGUCCAGUUAUUAGAGAGUUAGUUGGUAGUCCAGUUAUUAGAGAGUUAGUUGGUAGUCCAGUUAUUAGAGAGUUAUUGCAUGAAAAAAAGACUGUUACUUGUUACUCUCUACAGCGGUUGUGAGUGUGGGGCUUACAGACUCGUACUAUGAGAAAGUGUCAGAAGAGCUGGAGAAGAUUGUGUCUGAGGAGAAAGACACAGCUUCUACAGAUGGUAAGUAGCCUAUCAUCAAGCAAUGUUCUCAUGUGUAUUGAUGUCUUAUCUAAUCGUAAUAGAAAUCACACAUUCAAUAGCAACAUAAGCAUUUUAUAUAUAAACUGUAAAGGUCAUGUAAUACAGUACAUCACUUAAAACUGUGUAGACUUCUAUUGACCCUUUCUAUCCAUUUCUUCCAGAGGACGUCAUCAAAAGGAUCAUUGUUCUGAUGAAGCAGCAAGGAGACGUCAUUGAUAACAAGGUUUGUGUUCAUAACCUACAAAAAAUUGUUUUAUUGUAUCUGAGAAACUUAACACAGUCUAUCUUUGACACUAAAUGUAUCUUUCACAUCCAGGAUAGCUUGCUAUAGCCUGGGUACCAGUGUGUUUGUGCUAACAUUCCACCCCUUGUACUCAGUGUCCUAUGCCAAACAUGUUUGGUAAAUGGCACAGAGUAUAAGGUGGGGAACGUUGGCACAAAACGGGUCUGGAUUUCCGGCUAAAUUUGCUAUUUUCUCAUGGAUAAUAACGUAUUAUUCUAUGUUCACUCAUGAAAGUAUGUCCUGCUCUCGCCAUAGCUGAAGGAAAACCCCAGCCUGAGCGCAUUCUUCCAGAAGCUAUCCUACAGUACCUUCCAGCAGUUGGCUGAUACGUACGUGGAGACAGAGACCCCUACAGGCCAGAGCCGCCAGACACCACACACUGCUGGGCCUGGGCCCGGGCCCGUCAACGCCCCGGAGCUGGUCAAGCUGGCCUUCACUCUGGACUUCACAGCCAGGGUGGCCUGUCUCUCCAGACAAUCCACAGGACACAUCAUGGGCCUGGGCAACCGCUACUUAGAGGACCGCUUCACACAGACACCAGAGGCAAGAGUCAGCCCUGUUUUUUCUUCUAAUUAGAAUGUAUGUAAUUAUGUGUAAAUCACAGGAGGUUGGUGGCUCCUUAAUUGGGGAGAACGGGCUUGUGGUAAUGACUGGAGCGGAGUCAGUGGAAUGGUAUGAAAUACGUCAAACACAUGGUCGCCAGGUGAUUGAUGCCAUUCGCGCCGUUCCGGACAUUAUUAUGAGCCCUCAGCAGCCUCCUGUGGGGUAAUUAAACUAAACUAGAGGUCAGAAGGGAUAGUGACACAGAAACACCGCCAACACACAAGUUAAAACCUGUUUUGUACCUUUAACCACAGUGCUGUUAGCAGGUGAAUCAAGGAAGAUAAAAUAUGUUUCUAAUGACAUUUAUGUUGCUUUGCAGGUUAAUCCAGAUCAGACGUUGCAUAACUAGGAUGGUCCUAAUCAUUUAUGCACCACCACAUGCAAAUGAGACCAACUACUGCAGGGGAAAGUAAACAUAUUCAUUAUUGGAAUAGCACAUGGACUGUUCCCUGAGACACAAAUAAAACCCAGAGGCAAGUCACCCAGGGAACACCACAUGACAACCACUUAUAGUAGGCCUUGGACCAGUAAAUCUACACUAGUCAAUCUAUAUAACUACUAUGUGUACAGGUUAGCAAGUAAAAUAUAUGCACUAUGGACUUACCACUCGUGGUGCAUUCUGUAUUUACUUACUUGAAUUAGUGAUAGUAAGUACAAUGUAGCCUACAGUUACUGCAUGUACUUGCUACAAGGUAUAGGUACAUAGGUUAUCUCCCUACAGCAGGGUUUCCUCAUCCUGGUUCUGGGGACCCCAAGGGGGGCACAUGUUUGGUUUUGCCCCAGCUCUACACACCUGAUUCCACUAAUCA